AUGGCGGCGCGGAGUGCUGCCCUGGCGGUGACAUGGCUGGCGGCUGCGCUGCAGCUGGCGGCCUGCAUCGGGAAGUCGCAGCCCGCGGCCGCGUCUUUCUCGCGGGCCGCCACUGCCGGCGAACUGCAGGCGCUGAUCAACAGCAUCAAGUUGGCCGUGGACAGCCGCGUGGUGGCCUCUGCUGCGCUCCCGCUGCCCUCCUCCAAGGGCGCCAACAGCGUGGUGAUCUCCCGCGGCAGUUUCCAGCGCUCGAGCUUGCCCAGCGUGGCCAGCGUGGCCACUUUCAGCAGCGGGGGGGGUCUGGGGCUGCCCCCCUGCUCCAAGUGCAGCAUGAACUCCGGGGUGACCAGUGGUCCAUCUACGGACAUUCAAAUCGACAUCCCCAGCAACGGCGGAAGCACUGACAUCAUCAUCGAGGAGAACUUCGCCAACGGCGGCGGCAACGGCAGCGUCGCCACUGCCUCCUUCGCCUCGCGAGCCUCCCGCGUUUCCGCAGCCCGCGCGCCCACUGUGGUCAUCCGCGACUACGGGCCCCGCAGCAGCCGCACAGUGCCCUUUCCGAGUCUCUUUAAUGUGCAGCAGAGUUUUGCGCAGCGGCCCGCAGUGGUCUCCACUUUUGCCUUCGAAAGCCCCCCGUCCAAGUCCAUUCAAGUCCCCACAUUUCCCUCCAAAGGCGCCAUUAAUGGCAUUAAUGGUGGCAUUAACAGUGGCAUUAAUGGCGGCCUUAAUGGCGGCCUUAAUGGCGGUAUUAAUGGUGGCAUUAAUGGCGGCAUUAAUGGCGGAAUUAAUAAUGGCAUUAAUGGCGGCAUUAAUAAUGGCAUGAAUGGCGUUAAUGGCGGCAUUGACAGCGGCAUCAAUGGCGGCAUUGACAGCGGCAUUAAUAAUGGCAUUAAUAGUGGCAUUAAUAAUGGCAUUAAUAAUGGCAUUAAUGGCGGCAUUGACAGUGGCAUGAACGGCGGCCUCAACGGCGGCGUAGACAGCGGGUUCAACAAUGGCAUUGACAGUGGCAUUAAUGGCGGCAUUAAUGGCGGCAUUAAUGGCGGCAUUAACGGCAAUAAUGGCAGCAUUAAUGGCAUUAAUGGCGGCAUUAAUGGUGGCAUUAAUGGUGGCAUUAAAGGUGGCAUUAAUGGUGGCAUUAAUGGCAUUAAUGGCGGCUCUGGGGGCGUUGCACAGAAGGGCGGCUGGAGCGAUCCGGGGCAAACUGGAGUGGUUGCCAGCAUGCCCAGGAGCGGCUUCAGCGCAGCAACGCCCCAGAAAGGCUCUUGGGGCGGCAGCGGGGGCCCCAGCGUGGCCAGCAUGUCCCGCAGCGCGGGCCGGGGCCCCUACAUGACCAGCAUAGUAUCUUUUGUGCAGCGGCGGCUGGAGAAGCUGCAAAGGGCUGAUUAA